AAUUCGCACCAGCAAACCCUAGCCGCACAGUGCAUCUCAAUCGAUCCCAAAUCGAACCAAGACACCCUAGCUGGUAAAGAUGGCAGAUGCAGGUCGCCCUGCCAAUCGUGCCUUGCCCGGAUUCCGGCAGGAACGUCGUGACCUAUGUAGCUCGUCGCGGCCAGAACGCUAUCGAGCGUUUCCACAAGUGCCGCCGUCACAACCCAGCACGUGGUGGAUGCGACUUCUGUAGGUGGCAGCAAUCUCACGCCGAGUCGCUUGCUGCAGCAGCACCUCCGAUGGCGCAAAUCGUGCCUGCGCAGGAGCAAGCCGGCCUAGCGUACAAUGCUGCGGACGUCCACAGGGGGCGAAUGCGGCUGCGACCGGCCAUGGCUUCGCCGGAGUCCACCGCCGGCGAUGGAAGCUAGGCUUCCGCUUCCAAUCGCUCUCUCUGCCGAGCAGGAGGACGCCCGCAUCUGACCUGUCCAUCCCCCGAGUAAGCUCUGAACCCUCCUCCGUCCUUGGAGGCUGGAGGUAGUUGCUAGUUUUUUAGGUCGACAAAGGUUGGAUUGCUCUACACUCUACAGACAUAAUGGAUUCAUUCAGUUCAAUUUAUGAGUGUGUUUUUUCCUAACUUCCUAUGAUUAUUGAAGAGAUAAUAACAGAUCAAAGGUAAUGGAAGUUGCAGAGGUCUAUGCUUAUUAGUAGGGAUGAUAUUUUGCGGAGGAAAUUCAACUCCCCAUCUUUGUCUUGGAUGGCAAUUGCAGUCGAAACUCGCUCUGUCUUAUCUGAAACAAACAAACACACCUCUCAUCAGGGAAA